CCGCCUCCAGCCCUCUCUUGGCCGCUCCCGCCAGGCGCACCCAGACGCUCUUCUGCUCCCGCCCUCUUCGCCCGGUCAUGGGUCUCGGGCACGAGGCCACCCUGUCUGCGGCGUGACGGGCGGCUCAGAUGGCCACCAUGGGCCAGUGCUACUACAAUGAGACCAUCGGCUUCUUCUACAACAACAGCGGCAAGGAGCUCAGCUCCCACUGGCGGCCCAAAGAUGUGGUUGUGGUGGCACUGGGGCUGACUGUCAGCGUGCUGGUGCUCCUGACCAACCUGCUGGUCAUCGCGGCCAUCGCCUCCAACCGUCGCUUCCACCAGCCCAUUUACUACCUGCUUGGCAACCUGGCCGCAGCUGACCUCUUUGCCGGUGUAGCCUACCUCUUCCUCAUGUUCCACACAGGCCCGCGCACAGCCCGGCUCUCACUUCAGGGCUGGUUCUUGCGGCAGGGCCUGUUGGACACGAGCCUGACGGCGUCCGUGGCCACACUUCUGGCCAUCGCCGUGGAGCGGCACCGCAGUGUGAUGGCCGUGCAGCUGCACAGCCGCCUGCCCCGAGGCCGGGUCAUCAUGCUCAUCGUGGGCGUGUGGGUGGCCGCGCUGGGCCUGGGGCUGCUGCCCGCCCACUCCUGGCACUGCCUCUGCGCCCUGGACCGCUGCUCGCGCAUGGCCCCCCUGCUCAGCCGCUCCUACCUGGCCGUCUGGGCCCUGUCCAGCCUGCUCGUCUUCCUGCUCAUGGUGGCUGUCUACACUCGCAUUUUCUUCUAUGUGAGGCGGCGGGUGCAGCGCAUGGCAGAGCAUGUCAGCUGCCACCCCCACUACCGUGAAACCACGCUCAGCCUGGUCAAGACUGUUGUCAUCAUCCUGGGGGCGUUUGUGGUCUGCUGGACACCGGGCCAGGUGGUGCUGCUCCUGGAUGGUCUGGGCUGCAAGUCCUGCAACGUCCUGGCUGUGGAGAAAUAUUUCCUACUCUUAGCCGAGGCCAACUCGCUGGUCAACGCCGUGGUGUACUCAUGUCGAGAUGCUGAGAUGCGCCGCACCUUCCGCCACCUCCUCUGCUGUCUGUGCCUUCGCCGGUCCACCCACAAGUCUGUUCGCUACACACCCUCCACCCAGACAGGCACUAGCACUCGCAUCAUGCUUCCUGAGAAUGGCCAUUCCCUGAUGGACUCCACCCUUUAGCUAACCUUGGACUUUAGCAGGGUACAGCAAAUGCCAGAGCUCUGCCCCUGGCCACGUGUGGGUGUGCCUGGCUCUACCCAAUCUGCGGGCCAGACUUAAAGGCAGACCCCCAGUCUGGCUUGGCAUGAAGCUACUGCCAGCCCUACCCAGGCAGACAACUGUGCCUAUCUCAGGGCCUGUGGGUUGGGGUCAUCUAAGCACCUGGGAGAGAGUUGAAUGGGGUGCAGGAAUCUGGCUCUUCAGUCAUCUCAAGUUCUGGGGCUUUUUAACGGACACUUUUCUGUUUUUACUGCACAUGCCUGGCAAGCCCUGUUGGACUGCUUCCUUGUCCAUGGUGGCAUGGGUAAUAAAGGUGGGAGAGAUGAGGGCUCCCUCAGGCCACGCUACCCAGUGCAACAGGGUAACAAGGAUGGACCAUGGGUGCCCCAUCUGCCUGAGGCUGAUUGUUUAGGGGUACAGACUGAGGAGUGCUGAGCGUGAGCUGGGAAAGGUUUAUGGCCUUUUGCAGCCUCUAGUGGUCUUGCCUAUCCCCAUAAGAAUUAAGGGGGUCUACAAGGAGGGGGUCUAUAAGGAGUAAACCUUUCCGCUCUGAGGUCUCCAAAGCCUCUUCUGUUGUAACCUUAACCUGUCUGUCCCUAUGUCCCAGAAUUGUCCACCUCAGCUCAGGCUGAGCUGGGAUCCUUCAACAUGACAUCUCCUGGACCCUGUUCCCAUUACCCUUUGGUCUCUGCAUGGUUGUUGCUUCAUCUCUCUUGUUCCCUUUUGCCUCUGUCUCCUCCACCUCUUUCCCUGCCUUCAUCUUGCCACCUGCCUCUCUGUCUCCAUUCUCUGGAGCCCAGAGUAGUCUCUGGCCUGUGUGAGGCUUCUCUCACCUGCCUGCCCCUUUGUCUGAGUCCAGACUUAAUAGUCAGAUGUGUCCACCCCACUGCCCACUCCAUCACCUACAUACACACCUGUGGGCUUGGGGUAGUGGGGUCCAUGGACCAGAAUGCAGGAUUUUAGAGUUGCCAUUUCUCAAGCUUCUCUGAUGUGCCUGGCACACUGAUAAGCAUUUUAGGUGCAUUAUUUAAUCACCACCUGUAUCUUGUGGCAUAGGUAUUAUAUAUAUUUUCAUGUGAGGACAGUGGCUCAGAGAGAUUGAAAUUUGGCCCAUGGUUACAUAGUUUCAAAAGGGCACAGAGGUACAUCGAGGGACUAGAGAGGCCCCUGAGGAAAGGACUUCGGAUUUCCACAAAGUCUGGAGUUGGUCACAAGCUCAGCCUGGCUUUCCCCACUUCACCCUGUGGUCUAAUGUGCCAGACCCAUGAUGAGUCCCCCUCUCAGAUACAUAGAGGCACCCUGCUAGGCACGGAGUAAACCAGGAUCUGGAUUCUCUCUGCUUACACACCUAGCCAGAAUUUGAACCCAGGCCUCCCAUCAGAGGCUGAAUUCUUAAACUACUAAAGCAUGCAUUGCCAAAGAACCAAAAACGUGUAGAUCUUUCUACAAUAAAUGGGGCUGAGUUUCCCUUUGGGAACAUUCUCCCUGCCCUACAACAGCUUUGUGAGGAGGCAAGAACAAACUGGGGUGCCAGGUACUUCUGCAGGGUCCAAGGUAGGCAGUGUGGCUCCUUGAGCCUGGGGCCUGAAUCUCAGAAGUGAUGACCUAGGCCAGCACCUUCAGCCACGUGGAUGGGUACAUAGUCCUUGUCUCCAGGGAGCUCUAGGCCUUUUGGACAAAAGUAUCACUUUGGGUGCCAAGGCAGCCAACCAUUCCUAUGGGGUGGGGACCCCUGACGGUCUCCAAAGGUAGCUCUGUUUCACCUGCUCUGAGCUGGCUGCUCUUGCAUCAGCAUCUUCCAUGUUCUAACCCACACUCUUCUGGUCUCCUUCAGGAUCUUGUCCCAUCAGUUUUUCCCUCUCUGUAGGUCUCUCCUCUCCACCAGGUGACUUAAGGUUUUUGUCUCAGAUGGUCCCUGAAGCUCUCAACCCGUCCCCCCACCACUGUUCUCUGAAGGAUGCCAAAGUUACCCACUACCUUUCAGAUCUCCUGUGUGGUGCUGCACUAGUGGCUGACCUUUUAUCUUAUUUUUAAUUUUUUUUUGUGCGGUACGCAGGCCUCUCACUGUUGUGGCCUCUCCCGUUGCGGAGCACAGGCUCCAGACACGCAGGCUCAGCGGCCAUGGCUCACGGGCCCAGCCGCUCUGCAGCAUGUGGGAUCUUCCCGGACCGGGGCACGAACCCGUGUC